AUGCGCCUCACCCUCCAGGCCGGGCCGCAGCUCACCUUCCACAUCGACAUUGACCCCGGCCAGACGGUGAGGGCCCUCAAGGAGAAAAUUGAAGCCGAGCAGGGCAGAGAGGCCUUUCCGGUAGCGGGGCAGCAGCUCCUGUAUGCGGGCCGCGUCCUGCAGGAUGACGCUGUGCUCAGAGACUGUCAGAUCCCCGAGCACCACGCUGUGACGGUCCUGGUGGCCAGACCCAAGGCGGCGACCACAGCCACAGCCACAGCCACAGCUCGGCAGUCCCAGCCUGCCACCACGGCCAGGCCCCCUGCCCCCGCAGCAUCGGCUGGUGCUGGCGCCCCAGCGCGCGAAGCUGCCUUGCUCUCCGCGCCCGCCACGUCCGCGCCUGCCACUUCCACGGGUGCACCUGCUGGCGCACCUGCCUCACAUCCAGCUGCAGGGCAGUCGGCAGGCCCGCCAGGGGCUCCAAGCCCUACACCAGAUGAUGCCAUCGCGGGACCCUCCUCUGGGGCCCAGCCGUCUGAGCAGGCAGCAAGGGCGCUGCUGACACGUCCGUCUUCCGAGCCAGUGGUCGCCGAGAUCGUGUCCAUGGGCUACGAACGGGAGCACGUCCUUGCAGCCCUGAGAGCCAGUUCCAACAACCCUCACAGAGCCGUGGAGUAUCUUUUAAUGGGACUCCCCGGAGACAGGGCAAGUGCGGCCGAGGUCGAGCCCCCUCAAGCCGGUAGCAGCCGAGCUGGUCGGUCUUUAGGGGUGGCGGCAGGUGCAGCAGCUGCAACAUCGGGUUCUGGAGGACACCCCCUUGACUUUUUACAGAGUCACCCUGACUUUCAACAGUUGAGACAAAUUAUUCAGCACCAACCUUCAUUGCUUCCCGAAGUGCUGAAAGGCAUACGUCCACGGAAUCCUCAAUUACUAGCGCAGUUUAGCCAGUACCAGGGGUAUUUGAGUCACAUGCUAACUACCCCUUUGGAAGAAGCUGGCGGUGAAAGGAGAGGAGGAGGAGUUGACAGUGUGGGAACUGCAGAAGCAGCCAGAGCAGAUCGCAUUAAAAUAACACCCCAGGAAUUGGCAGCUAUAGAGAGGUUAAAGGCUUUGGGCUUUCCUGAAGGGCUUGUGGUUGAAGCAUAUUUUGCUUGUGAGAAGAAUGAGGAGUGGGCUGCCAAUUUUCUCCUGGAGCAGGACUUGGAGGAGGACUGA